AUGGGGAACUGUACGGCCUCGAAGCUCAUCGCGCCGGCGGCGGCGACGUUCCACGAGGACGCGGUGGCCCUCUGCCACGAGCGGAAAGCGCCUGCGCUCAAGUCGCCGCGUCGACCGCGCCCCGCCGCGACCCCUCGGAGGCCUCACAAAGCGGUACGGUCCCUGCUCUGCUCUGCCGCUUCGCGCGGCGCCGUGCGAACCUUUCAUCGUCGCGCGGUUGCACUCGUCUCCCAGACGGCCCGCCCUGCAGUUGGCCCCCUCCCCUCCUGCCGCCGUCCCACAGCGCAGCCACCGCCGGGCCGCCUCCAAGCCGGUCUUCGAAGAACCCCACAACUGGAGAACGCAAAGAUUGAAUCUUUACCCGCUUUCUCCUCCUCCUCCUCCUCCUCCUCCUCAGUCUCCGACGAAAAAAACGGUGAGGAGAUGAGAUGUGGGUACUUUUACUCUGGGAUGAGCCAAAUGCCCCCUUCUCCUGUGAAGGAUUUUGGGUGGGAUUUUUUUAACCCUUUUGAUGGAGUUAGGGCUGCCGAAGAGGCGAGCAUGCUCGCGGGUCUCUGUCGAAGCUCCGACGAGGAUCUGAGGGUUGUUAGAGAGAAGGAAGGGAUCCCAGAGCUCGAAGAAGCUGAAGAUGAGCUGAGAGAUCACCAGAGGACCAACAUUGUGAGUGGUAUUGAGGUUGCAAAGGCGAAAGAGGAGGCGGAGGAGCGUAAAGAAAGGAGGUUGACGGUGACCGAGCCGCCGGAGAAACAAAGGGAGCUUCUUGAUGCGUUGAGGGACGUCGAGGAUCAGUUCAUUAGGGCUUAUGAUUGUGGGAAGGAGGUUUCUAAGAUGCUGGAGAUCAAUUGGGUUGAUCAAAGCUGUGAUCUUUCUGAGGUUAAAGAAAAUUCAUCUAAAAUCAUUCAAGCUAUCACAUGGCAUCGGUCACCUUCGUCUCAAUCUUCAUCCAGAAGAAGUUAUAUUGCCUCAAGCUCAAGCUCUAAAGACACUUCAUCUGUUGAAAGCAAGAGUGACCUCUUUGACGAUUUCGGUGGAAUGGAAUCAGGAAGUCAUACACAGACGCUAGGAAGGUUAUAUGCCUGGGAGAAAAAGCUCUAUGAAGAAGUUAAGGCUGGAGAAAAUACACGGCAAGCUUAUGAGAAAAAGUGCUUACAGCUGAGAAACCAACAGGACUCCAAGGGAACCGAUUCGCACUCGGUGGACAAAAUUAGGGCUGCAGUCAGAGAUUUGUACACCAGAAUCUGGGUAGCCUUGCGGUCCGUAGAAACAAUAUCAACCAGAAUACAGAAAGUAAGAGACGAAGAACUGCAUCCUCAGCUCAUUGAGCUGCUACAAGGUCUAUUGAGAACCUGGAAGAUAAUGCUCGAAUCGCAUGAAACCCAAAAACAAAUUAUGUCUGAAGUGAAAUCUUUCUCAUGCCCCGCCUAUGGAAAAUUCUGCAGUGAUUCACAGAGGCAAGUGACUGUGACGUUGGAGGGUGAGCUUAAGCGCUGGAGGUCAUCCUUCAUGGCCUAUGUCGCAGCUCAAAGAGAAUACGUUGAAGCCCUCGAUGGAUGGCUGUCCAAAUUCUUCGUUCCUGAUGUAGAAUACUAUUCUCGAUGUAGGUCUUCAUCUCCAUCAUAUAAUAGACUAGAAACACCUCCACUCGUAAUUAUGUGCCAUGACUGGGCAAACUCAACCAAGAAACUUCCAGAUAAGGCUGUGGCUUUGGCCAUGAAAGGCUUCAUUAAGGACAUUAGGGUUCUGUGGGUUAGGCAAGGGGAAGAGCAGCAGCAGAAGAGAAAAGUAGAUAGCCUUGCAAGGGAACUCGACAAAAGAGUUCUUGCCUUUCAGAAAGCAGAAAGUAAAGUUCUUGAAUCAAAGCUCUCUGAUCUCAAGCCUGAACCGGAUGUAAGGGAUCGAAUGGAGUAUUUAACAGGGAGAAAGGAAUUGCUUGAUUUGUUCAGAAAAAAGCUGGAUGCAGAGAAACUUAAGCACCACGAAUGUGUGAAGGAGACUCAACGGGUCACUCUCGAUGGGUUCAGGGGUGACUUGACUCGUGUUUUUGAGUCACUCACAGAGUUCUCAAAGGAUUGUUUAAAAUUGUAUGAUGAGCUAUUGAAGAACAAUGACAAGACAAAAGAAGCAAUUGAGAUGGAAGGAAAACCUUCUUGCAUAGGAGGAUCACAGGUUGAAGUGGAUAAUAGAUGAGAAAGAUGAUGUGGGGUAGUUAAUGCCCCUAGUUUUAUUGGUGAAGGAUGUUAGAUGCGCAAACUACCAAAUCAAGUAUUAGUGGGACACAUUUUUCAAUUUGGUAUUUUCAGUUUUUCCGACAAGAUUGAGUUAUUAUUGCUGAGUUUCUGUGGCAGUUAGAGAUGAAUCGCUGGCGCUGGUGAGGAAUCUGGCACAAAAGCAUUGCGUGACCUUCGUGUGGCCCCUUUCAAAUGCUUAUGUGGCAGUGACUUAAUGACGCUUCCGCGCUAAGUUAUUUGCCAGCCAGGCGCAUCAUCCCUUGUUGCAGCAGCAGUUCGGUAUUAAUAUCUUAAUGUUUCCAGAGAAACAAAAAAACACUGAAUCAUAAUGCAUGUCCAAUCAAAAAUCAGUUUGGUAAUUUAGCCAUGUUAGAUGUGUAUAUUAUGCUCGAGUUAGGGUUGAAAGCUAUAGGAAUUUUAGCUGAUAGGUUAAAUUAUCUGCAGGUUGUUUCAGAUGCCCACAAAUUUUGUGAAUCCAAUCAGCACCUGAUCUCUAACUUGCAGUGGUAGGAUAUAGAGAGAGAUUGAAGGUGUUUUGAUGGGAAUCUUUGUUGCAGCUGCUGUUGUUGUACUUGUUGUAAUUAUUAUUUUCUAGUGUAAUGUCUGAUAGAGCGCAUUUGAUAGAAGUUCUGUAAAAGAUUGACAUUAGAGCUUUUCUUGAUUGGUUUUGAGUUCCAUGUAAUUUGGGUGCUUUUGUUGCUGGAUAUAAAGCAUUGUUCGAUUUGGGCAGA